GCACGGGGGGGAGGGGGGGGGAAAGGGAGCGGUCACGUGAGCCGCCGCCGGCGCGACUAGGCUCAAGGAGCUCGCGGCCGCGGGUUCCCGGGCCGCGGUGGGUGCCCCUCGCCGGCGCCAGCCAGGUACUCUGCUGUCAGGGACACCCUCGCCAGGUGGCCCUGGACGCGCCAGGCUGGGGUCGCCUCUGAGCGCCCCACGGGGGCCAUGGAUGGCGAGACAGCAGAGGAGCAAGGAGACCCUGUGCCCCCGCCAGGUGCACCCUGCGGACCCGGCUCAGCCGGUGCUCCUGCCCUCGGGGGGCGGCGGGAGCCCAAGAAGUAUGCAGUGACCGAUGACUACCAGUUGUCCAAGCAGGUGCUGGGCCUGGGUGUGAACGGCAAGGUGCUGGAGUGCUUCCACAGGCGCACUGGGCAGAAAUGUGCUCUGAAGCUCCUGUACGACAGCCCCAAGGCCCGGCAGGAGGUGGACCACCACUGGCAGGCGUCGGGGGGCCCGCACAUUGUGCGCAUCCUGGACGUGUACGAGAACAUGCACCACGGCAAGCGCUGUCUCCUCAUCGUCAUGGAGUGCAUGGAAGGUGGUGAGCUCUUCAGCCGGAUUCAGGAGCGUGGCGACCAGGCUUUCACUGAGAGAGAAGCUGCAGAGAUCAUGCGGGAUAUCGGCACUGCCAUCCAGUUCCUGCAUAGCCAGAACAUUGCCCACCGAGAUGUCAAGCCUGAAAACCUGCUGUACACGUCCAAGGAGAAAGAUGCAGUACUAAAGCUCACCGACUUUGGCUUUGCCAAGGAGACCACCCAAAAUGCCCUGCAGACACCCUGCUACACUCCCUAUUACGUGGCUCCCGAGGUCUUGGGUCCAGAGAAGUAUGACAAAUCGUGUGACAUGUGGUCCCUGGGCGUCAUCAUGUACAUCCUCCUGUGUGGCUUCCCGCCCUUCUACUCCAACACGGGCCAGGCCAUCUCCCCAGGGAUGAAGAGGCGGAUCCGCCUAGGCCAGUAUGGCUUCCCCAACCCAGAGUGGUCGGAGGUUUCUGAAGAUGCCAAGCAGCUGAUCCGCCUGCUACUGAAGACAGACCCCACAGAGAGGCUGACCAUCACGCAGUUCAUGAACCAUCCCUGGAUCAACCAAUCAAUGGUGGUGCCGCAGACCCCGCUCCACACGGCCCGAGUGCUGCAGGAGGAUAGAGACCACUGGGAUGAGGUCAAGGAGGAGAUGACCAGUGCCCUGGCGACCAUGCGUGUGGACUACGACCAGGUGCAGAUCAAGGACCUGAAGACGUCUAACAACCGAUUGCUCAACAAGCGGAGGAAGAAGCAGGCAGGCGGCUCCUCAGCCUCACAGGGCUGCCACAACCAAUAGCGCGUGGGGCCACGGAGCCAAGGCGGGGGUCGCGGAUGAGCCGGGCCUCUCAGCCUGGGGGACAGACGGGAGUGUGCUGGGUCCCUGACCCAGAGGGCCCCGGGUCAUUUUUUUUUUUUAACAAAAGGAUCAUUUUGUCAUGUUUUAAUUUGUUACUUAGAACUUCAGGAUGGGAGACCGUGACUCCAAACCUCCUUAGACAGGGCCCAGAGCCCGGGACUUAGGGAGACACCUGCCACAGCUGCAGCACCUUUGGCCAGAGGGGCCAGAGGGAGACGUGGCUCUGUUCGGUGCGCCGGGGCAUGGCUUUAGACUUCCAGGCCGCUGGCAGUUGUGGCAGGCUUCCCUCCUCCCUUGGAGGCACACCCAGUAGGGUGGGCAGAUGGGCCUGGCCUUGGGAAAGGCAUCUGGCCAUUGGUUGCCAUGGUGACCACCGACCAACUUGCUGUCUGUGAAUGCUGAGUGAGAGCGCAAGGGAGGGAGAAGGGGCAAUUGAGGGUCUGCCCCUGCGUCCUGGGGGAGGCUGGUCUCCCUCACACUGUUCCGGGCCCUCUCAGGCUUCUUCCCUCUAGUCUCCCGAGGGAGGCCACAGGGUCAAUCUGCCUGCCUUGCUGGGUGGUCCAGCCCUAUCUUGCUGCAACCCCAUCCCACAGGGCCCCUGGAGUGCCCUCCCCGCAGAGGUCCUGGGCCUACUGAUUCUGCUACUACCCCUUGCCCAAACAGUGGCCUUUCAUCUCAGGGGAUGGUGGGAGGUAUUUUUAACCCUUUUUUACUUUGGAAAAUGUCACUGUGACAAAAGCCAGUACAGUUCUCCUGCCCCUACCCACUCACCAGUUCCCAGGCAGGAAAGCUUCUCUGUAAUGGUUCAUUUUCCACUUUGUCCUGGUUGAUGGCAGGGGCUGCCUCCUCGUGUACUUUUGUGAGAGUGGAUGGCUGGGGCAGGACCCAGGGGCUCCCCAUUAAUCAGGGGUCUCUUUCUACACUCUGGGUCAGACCCGAGGCAGUGAAGGGCUGCCGAGUGAUGCUUAGAAGGUCUGGUCCUGUGUGCCGGCUUUGGCCUGAGUCGGAACAGAGAGGAUCCCUUCCUUGCUGGUCCAGGCUUACCCAGUCCCACACUGCCCAGGGUAGCCUCAGGGUUCUCAGUGCCUGAUACAGGCCUGGCAAGUGUCUGACACCCAGCCUGGUUCCUGACCUCUUUCUCACUGGCUGGGAAACCCUAGCCCACGUCAGAUAGGAAAACACUGCCGGGUUUUACAUCUAGAUAGUAAUAAACACCGUUUUGGCAUUUC